ACUAAACAAAAUCAUAUGAUAGGGUAAAUCAGCUGUGCGAAGAUCAUUGUUUCUCAAAACUAAUUUAUCGCCUCAUUUUAAAUUUAUUAUUGUUUAAAUAAAAAAAUAAUUUAAAAAAAUGAACGUUUCAAAACUGAAAGUGUUACUCAUUACGACACUCCUGAUUGUUUGCGCCGUUGUCGUUCAAGUUCACGGAACUGUGGAGCUGUCAAUCAGCUGGAACGAACGGCUGAACGCGUACGAAUUGAAGAAAGGUUUGCACGAAGACGCCAUCACACACGCCUCCUUCAAAAAUUCAAUCAACUCUACAGGAUUCGCUUACUUGGAAAUUCAGACGAACGAGAAAGUUUCUGACAUCGAGCAGGCGUACACGGCCGGCCUCGCUGAAGGCCUGCUGACGAGUGAUCUGAUCAAGUUGCACUGGUACAACACCUUCCAAGACUACUGCAAAGCACCUCUGAAUGAGUUUUGUGCUAAAUUGCAAAAUGCUAUGGAAGCUAAUUUCAAUUGGAUGGCAAAUCAAAUCUUUCUAGAAGCCAAUUUGAAUCCAUUUUGGCACCAAGUAGAGUUGAUCCUGGUGCAGUUACACGGUCUGAUUGAUGGUUACAAGUUCGAACAAAGACCCAGGGAUACUCUGACCAAAUUUGUUUUCAAGCCAGAUGUAACAGGGUUGUUUAUGUUGUUCCUCUCUGGUGACAUUUCAGAUCUGGAAGCAGUGUUGGGUGGUAAUAAGUUCAAUGUCUACAAACCAUUUGAUCAUCUGUCUGGUCCAAACACAUGCUCAGCCCUAAUCAAACUCCUGCCAGGUAACAAGGAUCUCCUGAUAUCCCAGACGACGUGGAGUAAUUAUGGAACGAUGUUGAGAAUACUAAAGAAGUAUGAUUUCGGUUACCACACAGUCACUGGAGGUCAGUUGGUGCCGGCGAAAGUGAUUUCGUUCUCGUCUUACCCUGGUGUCCAGUUCUCUGUUGAUGAUUUUUAUUUGCUCUCCUCAGGGUUGGUUGCACAAGAAACCACAAUCGGUAAUUCAAAUGCCGACAGGUGGAAGUUAGUGAAACCAGAGAGUCUGUUGGAAGUGAUCAGGAACAUGGUGGCGAACAGGUUAGCAACUACUGGUGAGGAGUGGGCAGAUUUGUUCGUCAGAUACAACAGUGGUACCUACAACAAUCAGUGGAUGGUUCUUAACUACAAGUUGUUCACUCCUGGUGCUAAAGAAAUCAAAGAUGGUCUUCUGUAUGUUGUUGAACAGAUCCCAGGUCUGACUGUUGGUCAAGAUGUUACGUUCGUUCUCAGGAACCAAACUUACUGGCCGAGUUAUAACUCGCCAUACUUCAAAGAAAUUUUCAACGCCAGCGGUUGCCAAGAGAACGUGAAGAAAUAUGGAGAUUGGUUUACUUAUGAGAAAACACCGAGAGCUUUAAUAUUCAAAAGGGAUCACUCGAAAGUUGUGGACAUGAACUCGAUGAUGAGACUCAUGCGCUACAACGACUUCACGCACGAUCCUCUGUCAGCCUGCAACUGCACGCCUCCCUACAGCGCCGAAAACGCAAUCGCGGCACGCUGCGAUCUGAAUCCAAAGGACGGCAAGUACCCCUUCGAUGCCCUCGGUCACAGGGGUCACGGGGCCACCGACGUCAAAAUAACUUCCUACUCCAUGUUCAAGAAUUUUCAGUUUCUGGCAGUAAGCGGGCCGACCAGGGAUCAGGUGGCCCCCUUCCAAUGGAGCAAGUCCGAUCUGAAGGACACCAUUCGACAUGCUGGUCAUCCGGAUCUCUGGGUCUUCGAUCCCGUCCAGUUUUAAUGAUGAUGACGACGAUGAUGAUGACGACGACGAUGAUGAUGAUGAUGAUGACGGCGAUGACGGGUUGAAUAAUUUAAUAACGAUGAUAAUGAAAAUGAGACGUUUUUACCAGCUAUUGUAUUUUCUUAAAAAGUUUUAACUUUCAUCCAAUUUAACAUCAUCUCAUUGGUACAUUGAUAUUUAGAAACGUAUAUAUUGAAAAAGUAUCGUGCGACUGUGUAAUAAAUUCAUUCCAAAAUUAAAUCAAAAUUACAACAGGAUUGUUGCAAUAUUUACAAUACGUUACCUUGGAAUGACUACGUUGUCAUUGUUAUAUUUCAUUUCACUUACGUGACUGUUCAGUUAUUUUAUUUAAGAAAAGUUCAUCUCCAGUUUCAUUUUGUGAGUUUUAUUGCUUUGAUAGUUUAAACAAGAAAUGAAUGACAAUCCCAUAACUUCUGUUUAAACUUUUUUUUCUUCUACAAAAUUGAUAAAAAAAA